ACUCUUCAACUAGGCAAAAGACGCGGCUCCGAUACUGGCCGCCCAGAUCCACAACACCCAACGUUGACUACGCGUCCCCUCGCACUGAUACUUGUAACUACUUAGUAUCUCUUCGUCAUAUCACUUUUGACCACAGGACACACACCACUUGAGAGGAACAGUUGUCUUUUGAGCCCCGCCCUCGUCCCUCCAAAAGACGAAGACGCUUCAAGACCGCAACCCAUUUAUAAACCACAAAAGGAUCCAUCCCGACAGAGAAGCUUGAGAUGGAGGAGGGCGAGCAGCAGUGGAAAGGCGUGAAGAGUGCCAUUGAAGACCCGGAGGAGGCAAGAGUCAUAUAUUGUGCACUCGACUCAUUUGUCCAAUAUGCCCGGAUAGCACACUUCAACUGCACUCACUUGAGGAGGCAGUCCUUUUAUGCUCUUCCCGAGGCUCACUGGAAGAUGCUAGCAGCGCCACCCUUCAACUAUCUGGACACUCUGGACAAGGUUGACAAUGCCAUCGAGUCCAACGCUGAACUAGCACGCGCCAUAGUCCGCGUAGGUCUGGUCAACUUCCAACCACAGGACGUCACGCAGGGCAGCGAACCUACGAUCCCUCCCCGAUGGAGGGGCUGCGCGAAACGCUUGGAUAUCGACAAAGCCCGUAGUACUCUCAGGCAGUUCUACCGAGACUGGUCCGCUGAGGGCAAAUCCGAGCGUGAAAUAUGCUUUGGCCCUGUUUUCCGCGCCCUAGAAGCACAAAAGGAGUCAAGGCCAAGAGACGCCUCGCCCAUGCGGGUGCUUGUGCCCGGGGCAGGGCUGGGCCGCCUUGUCUUUGAGCUUUGCGCCAAAGGGUACGUCGCUGAAGGCAAUGAGAUAUCCUACCAUCAGCUGCUCGCCUCAUCUUAUAUCCUGAACUGUGUUGAAAAGCCAGGGCAACACACUAUUUACCCCUGGAUUCACACUUUCUCUAACCAUUCAACACGAGAUAACCACCUGCGAAAGUACGCCAUCCCAGAUGUGCACUGUGCAAACGAGCUCACACGGUUAGAAGAGGAGGGAGUUGCCAUUGGAGAAAUGAGCAUGACGGCUGCUGAUUUCCUGUGUCUUUACACUGAAGACUACCAAGCCGAAGCCUGGGAUGCGGUGGCUUGCGUUUUCUUCCUCGACACCGCUCCGAACUUGAUUCGGUAUCUGGAAACCAUCCUUUAUUGUCUAAAACCUGGUGGUCUGCUCAUCAACCACGGCCCAUUGCUCUGGCACUUUGAGAACAAUGCACCUGGAGGACACGGACAUGAUGAUGAUGACGGCGACUAUGAUACCACCGGAAUUGCGGACCCUGGUAGCUUUGAACUCUCCGAUGACGAGGUGAUGGCGCUGGUCACCAAAGUCGGGUUUGAAAUCGUCUCGCGCGAGACCGGCAUUGAAUCACCCUAUCUUUUGGACCAGGAGUCUAUGCUACAAACAGUGUAUAAGGCGAGCUCAUGGGUGGCCCGCAAACCACACACCACGGCAUAGGACCGAAGUCACCUCUCAUGACUUUACAACCGAAUAUGGGCUGUCACCGUGAGAUUUAUACGUGUGACUAAUCUAUAUAGCACGGGCUAUAGUGGCUCGUGAAACAAAGGACGAAGAGGAGUGUUACCACAUACCCGCACAGCAUAUCUACCUCUCGAAUCUUUCUACAUGAACUCCCUUUCUCUACAACAAAGCUCCAAUACACCAAACUCACAACUUUGCGCUCUCCACAUUCAACUGCCCCUUCGCCCACAUCGCACCACCAUCAAUCGCAAUUGUCGCCCCAUUCACGUGCGCACCCGCCCUACUCGCCAAAUACACCACCACGCCCGCAAUAUCCUCCGGCCGACCAAGCCUCUUCAUCGGGUUCGCCGCCGCGAUGCUCUCCUUCCCGCCGCUCAUAUCCAACAGCCCGUUGCUCAUCUUGGUCGGAAAGAAACCCGGGCAAAUGCUAUUCACAGUAAUACCCCUCGGUCCCAGCUCCACCGCCAGAUUCCUCCCCAAAUGAAUGACCGCCGCCUUGGAAGCACUAUACCCAUACGUCCCUUGCUUGCCAAUCGUGCCAAUACCCAAGCCCGCCACCGAAGCCGUGAUGAUGACGCGGCUCGGGUCCUCCACGCUCGCCUUCUUCUGCAAAAGGGGCGCAAACUCCCGGAUGGUGUUGAACACGCCCCGGACAUUCAGGUCCAUGACCUUGGCAAAGGCCGAAUCGGGAUGCUCGUCAAAGGGCGCGCCCCAGGUGGCACCGGCGUUGGCUAGCAGAAUGUCGACGUGGUCGGUGUGCUUGGCGACUUCGGAGACGAGGUGCUGAACGCCUGAUAAGGUGGCCGCGUCGGCGGGGAUGGAGAUGGCCUUGGCGCCCGGGGCGAGACCGGGGAGGGCGUUGAGGGUCUUGACGGCGCUGUCGCAGGCGGAGGCUUUGCGGGAGGAGAUGAAGACUUUGGAGGCGCCAGCUUGAAGAAGGCUAUAGGGGUGGGCGGGAUCAAUCAGUUAACGUUUUGUGGGACUUUUUGAGUGGAUGAGUUAUGGUUUGGGGAGUUGGUCGGGCAAGGAGAGACCUGUAAGAAGGAUAUAGUUGUAAAGAGACUGAAGAAGCAACAUGGAAGUUGUUGUAAUUUGAUGUUGGUUAUGAAGUUUAAAACUGAGAAUAUCUU